AACACCUUAGCCUCUGCUACUACAUCAGGAUUUAUUCCGCGUGAAGCUCUAACACUCCACGAACAACGUGUGAUGCUUAUUUUUCGUGCAUUUCCGGUUUUCCGAGUUGGCUAAAUGACAUGCAUUUGGAGAAAGAUUUCUGUAUUUUCUACGAUAUUUUUUACGCACAGCUCACACACACAGGUCACCGGUGCGCGCGCUGCGUUUGUAAACGUGUCCGACAUCCUGAACGCAUGUGAUUUGAUUUUCAGUAUUUCGGUGGAUGUUUCAUAGAAACACCGUCAUAUUAUUAUGCCUGCAAAAUCGAGCUUAUUGUUCUUAUUAUUUUCUUCUCUGCAAUUUUAUUCCUGAUUGCUUCAAUACAACCCAAGGCACACAUCAUCUGUAAUAAAGAUAAUAUACAUAUAUAAUAUAAUCUGUAUGAUUACUGAUGUGUUAAAAACUCACUAAUUAUUACUUGCUCACUUUGUUUGUCUGAGCUUGUAAAACCCUGAGCUUUUUUCCCCUAUAAUUUCCUUCUCUCUCCACUUUAUUGGGCUUAAUCCAGUUUCCCAAAGGCACAAAGAUCCGAUUAUUCAAACAGAAUCGAUUCAUAUCUCGUGUUUUCUUCUUUUUAACUUAAUUCCACACUCAUUCAAAGCAUCAUAUACCGUUAAGUUUAAAAGAUAAGAAAAGGAGAAGAAAAAACACACAUCACAGUGUUUCCUGUUGUGCACUGAAAACUGAAAACACAAUUAUUCACUAUAUUAUAUAUUACUGCUGAAGCCUGUAUAUUAUUUAUAUGUGUUAUUUUCUCUUUAUUGUCUUUACUUUUGUAUUGUGUGCGUGUGUUUGUGUGUGUGCGUGUGUGUGUCUGUGUCUUUGUGUGUGUGUGUGUGUGAGUGAGUGUGAGUGUGUGUGUGAGUGAGUGUGUGUGUCUGUGUGUGGUGUGUGUUUGUGUGUGUCUGUGUGUCUGUGUGUGUGAGUGAGUGUGUGUGAGUGAGUGUGUGUGUGUGAGUGUGUGUUUGUGUGUGUCUGUGUGUGUGUUUGUGUGUGUGUCUUUUCUGGGUGCGUUGUGGAAGUGUCUAUUAAUUGAUUAUUCGAUUAAUUAAGACGGUUAUAGAUCGGUUUCCGUCCACGACUCUAUUUCCGUCUCUCUCUCUCUCUCUCUCUCUCUCUCUCUCUCUCUCUCUCUCUCUCUCUCUCUCUCUCUCUCCUUCCCCUCUCUCUCCCUGUAUCUCUCUCAUUUCUUUCUGAGAUGAAGAAGCUGAGGAAGCAGACGGUACGGACUCUCUCUCUGAUCCUGUGCAUGUUCUCCUACCUGCUUGUGGGCGCCGCGGUGUUUGACGCGCUCGAGUCGGAGUCGGAGAGCGCGAGACGGCGCGUGUCCGAUCAGCGGCGCGCAGAGCUCAAGGCGCGUUAUCGCUUCACGGACGACGACUACCGCGAGCUGGAGCGUGUAGUGCUGCGCGCGGAACCGCAUAGAGCCGGGACGCAGUGGAAAUUUGCCGGAUCCUUUUACUUCGCCAUCACGGUCAUCACCACUAUAGGUUAUGGUCAUGCAGCCCCAGGUACGGAUGCUGGGAAAAUCUUCUGCAUGUUUUACGCUGUUCUCGGGAUCCCUCUCACUCUGGUGAUGUUCCAAAGCCUGGGUGAGCGAAUGAACACUUUUGUGCGCUUCCUGCUACACCGGGGGAAAAGGUGUCUUGGUUUCCGUCGUACGAGCGUCUCCAUGGAGAACAUGGUCCUCGUGGGCUUCCUGUCCUGCCUGGGCACCCUGUGUUUGGGUGCGGCGGCUUUCUCACACUUUGAAGGCUGGACAUUCUUCCACGCUUACUACUAUUGCUUCAUCACGCUCACGACCAUCGGCUUUGGUGAUUUUGUGGCUCUGCAGAAGACGGGCGAUCUCCAGGAAAGAACGCCAUACGUCGUCUUUAGCUUCGUGUACAUCCUAGUGGGCUUGACGGUGAUUGGAGCCUUCCUCAACCUGGUGGUGCUUCGGUUCCUCACCAUGAACACAGAAGAAGAGCGGGAACGAGCAUCGUUAAGAAGAAAAGAACGCAACUUGGGAUCUCUCGCCAACCAGAACAGCCAUAGCAUGCUUUUUUUGCCAUUGGAAGAGGGGACGAGUUGCACUAACCUCAUCCCAUCUCCGGCGAACGAAUUCUACUGUCCACCAGCUCUUCCUCGACCUUCAAGUCCAUCUCGUCGGCGGUCGCGUCUCAAUUCUCUCUGCUCUUGCUGUUAUCGCUUUGAUUUAUGCCCCAGCCUCAUUCCAUCUCGACCCGGCUGCAACGUCGAUUCAGUUUACUACACUUCCAUUUCUUAUCGGAUCCAUGGAGGUUCCUUCACCAGGGAAAACACAGGAUUUUCUUCACCGGGAAGCACGCUGUCUCCUGGACACAGUUUCAGAGAACUGCCCCGUUUAAGGAGGAAAUCUCUUUGAUUGCUCUCAAAAACGUUAAAAGACACGAUUUACAGAUAUUAAAUGCGUAUAUUUUUGUAGCACACACAACAAUACAAAAUCUUUCACGUGAUGUAAAACAAUCUGCAUGUUUGAAUGUUGGUACAUGAGCUAAUAAUCUGAGGACAACACAGCAAACCACUCGUAGUAUCUUCCUUCAAUCUUAUUAGCAACUUAUAACCUCUCAUAUUCAAAGGAAAAAUUAAACGCUGUUUGGAUCAUACAGGUCUUACGACGGAAAAGAUGAGUGUCUGUACAUUUUCAGGGUGGACGAUCAGACUUUUUUAUUACAGUACAAGACUUUAGUAUGACAAAUGUCUCAAAACAAUGUGAGCUAGUUAGCUAAUGUCAUACGUCAUAUAUUAUAAUUCCUAAUUUUUCUUCAUUGUUAUGCAACUGGGGGGCACGGUGGCUUAGUGGUUAGCACGUUCGCCUCACACCUCCAGGGUUGGGGGUUUGCAUGUUCUCCCCGUGCCUCGGGGGUUUCCUCCGGGUACUCUGGUUUCCUCCCCCGGUCCAAAGACAUGCAUGGUAGGUUGAUUGGCAUCUCUGGAAAAUUGUCCGUAGUGUGUGAUUGCGUGAGUGAAUGAGAGUGUGUGUGUGUGCCCUGCGAUGGGUUGGAACUCCGUCCAGGGUGUAUCCUGCCUUGAUGCCCGAUGACGCCUGAGAUAGGCACAGGCUCCCCGUGACCCGAGGUAGUUCGGAUAAGCGGUAGAAGAUGAGUGAGUCAGUGAGUGAGAGUGUGUUAUGCAACUGGAUAGUAGAAAGUGUUCAAAUGGCUUGUAGGCUGUUUUGUUUCUCAACAUCAAAACUUUAUUUUAUUUUCUCCUAUGCUUCCAGAAAGUGUUUGCUCACUGCAAACUUCACAUUUAACAUCUUCCAGUUAAUUUUGAGUCGAACCGACAGCCAGGCAUGAUGGUGAAGCGUUAGAGCGAGCUCGUUGCUGUAAAUGACAACCUGACUGACUGAGUUUACGCACAAUUAUAAGUUAGACACAAAACGACUGUUUUCUUUGAAAUGUUAUGUCUUUUGUUUUCAAGGUCCAUCUCGAGGUCACUACACGUGAUAUGGAACAAUAUUCCUUUUCUUUAUUCGAACUCUGAUACCUUGUGAAUCAGAUCAUAUCGAAACCCAGACCCUAUUUUUUUUUUAGAAAUCUAAAAUCUAUUUCAUACAGAAAAAAACACAUAAACAACAAUCUGACUUGCUCCAAACCGCAGCUUUCACACAAAAAUUGCAAAAAAACAAAAGCAAAACAAAAUGUAUCCGAACGUAUGACGUAUAUAUAAUUAAAAUCGAUCCUAUCUAAAAUCUAUACAAAAAAAAGACAAAAAUAAUAAUAAAUCUUUUAAACGUAUUUUUUAAUACAUUUAUUUUAAAAAUAAAAAUUUCCAAACUGAAUUCCAAUCUUUUUAUUUAUUUCAAGAUCAGAUUCGAUGUCUGAUAUCCAGCCACCAUUUUUGUCACACUAGCGCUUCGAUUUGAUUAAUAUAGUCGUUAUAAUCAGACCCCCGUUUUACACUUACACCGUGAUUGUGAGCUUUAUUAAUGCAAUGUGUUUAAAUGAAUGUUAAUGCACAUGAUUAUGAAAACAGCAGCAUGUUCAUAAUAAUUCUAAAACAUUAUCUUAGCACCCAGUUAUGUAGUCAUUUUGUAGUAUAACACUGUUUACUUCUCCAGGUGUGUGUAAACACACUCUGUGGGGAGAUCACACUGUUUCAACAAUUUAAUUGUAACAGCUCUGUGUGUGAGUUUUACACAACACCUGCAGUGUGGUUUAAAAUUAGCUUUUGUUUUCCCACUUUGAGGGAAUAAACAUGUCACGUUAAAUACGGGUUAUUAGCUAGUGAAUAGGCGGAGCUAAUAGUCUGGCACACAGUGUGUUAUUUCCUACUGAGAAUUUAAACAAGGGCAAAAAGUGUGUGUGAAUACUGAGGGGUGGUUAUAGAGGACCGGUCGUUCAGAAAGAAGUGCGUUGAGAUCCUUAACAUCUAGACAUCAAUCACAGUGAAGGAGGUGUGGCCUCUAUGCCUGUCAGUCACGGUGUUGGGGGUGUGGCCUCUAUGCCUGUCAGUCACGGUGUUGGGGGUGUCUCCUCUGUGCCUGUCAGUCACAGUGUAUGGCCUCUGUUCCUGUCAGUCACAGUGUUGGGGGUGGCCUCUGUACCUGUCAGUCACAGUGUUGGGGGUGUGGCCUCUGUGCCUGUCAGUCACAGUGAAGGAAGUGUGGCCUCUGUGCCUGUCAGUCACAGUGUUGGGGGUGUGGCCUCUGUGCCUGUCAGUCACAGUGAAGGAAGUGUGGCCUCUGUGCCAGUCAGUCACAGUGUUGGGGGUGUGGCCUCUGUGCCUGUCAGUCACAGUGAAGGAAGUGUGGCCUCUGUACCUGUCAGUCACAGUGUUAGUGGUGUGGCCUCUGUGCCUGUCAGUCACAGUGAAGGAAGUGUGGCCUCUGUGCCGGUCAGUCACAGUGUUGGGGGUGGCCUCUGUGCCUGUCAGUCACGGUGUUGGGGGUGUGGCCUCUGUGCCUGUCAGUCACAGUGAAGGAAGUGUGGCCUCUGUGCCUGUCAGUCACAGUGAAGGAAGUGUGGCCUCUGUGCCGGUCAGUCACAGUGUUGGGGGUGUGGCCUUUGUGCGUGUCAGUCACAGUGAUGGGGGUGUGGCCUCUGUGCUUGUCAGUCACAGUGUUAGGGGUGUGGCCUUUGUGCGUGUCAGUCACAGUGAUGGGGGUGUGGCCUCUGUGCCCGUCAGUCACAGUGUUGGGGUGUGUGGCCUCUGUGCCUGUCAGUCACACUGAAGUGGGUGUGGCCUCUGUUCCUGUCAGUCACAGUGUUGGGGGUGUGGCCUCUGUGCCUGUCAUUCACAGUGAAGUAGGUGUGGCCUCUGUGCCUGUAAGUUGAGUGUUCCGGCCAGUUUUAAUAAAGGUGUGUGUCUUGGUUUAUGCGAGUUAUAAUAGAGAGGGUGUGGCUUAGUUCCUGUCAGUUAUAAUAAAGGGGGUGUGGCUUAAUUCCUCUCAGUCUCAGUGGAGGAGGCGCCUCUCUGAAUGUUCAUCAUCUUUCUACACUAGAUAUUUUAAAAAUCUCAGUCAUGACUGCUGCAUUGUAUAUACAAAAACACCAGACAUUACAAAAUAAUAAUCUGUAAACUACAGAACAUAAAGGAAAAUAUUCAUGUUUAACUGAAUGUUUAAUUUUUUUGCAUGGGAUGCUUUGGAAAUCUCGAAAAAGAAAAUAAUGUCCAUUUUCUGCAUGAAAAUAAUGAGAACGAGACGUUUUGAGACUACGUGUAAAAUAUGUAAAGAAAAAUUCAGAAUCUAACAUACUCACAAUAUUUAAAAGUAGAAAUUUAAAACUAUAUAAACAAAAAAUAUACACAAUAUUCCACAUUCCAAUGUCUCAAUGUAUUUUUUCUUCUUUUUUCCACUAAUAAUGUAGACAACACAAAAUUUCCAAAUCUUCGUGUAACUGAUUAAAAUGCUGUGAUCUCAUUUCAAAGAAACAUUAUUUUUAAAUAGAUGUAUGAAAUUAUUAUUUGCAUCAUAUUUAAAUAACAUUUUAAACAUAUU